UAGAUAAAAAUAUUUUUUAUUGUAUAUACGUUUUUGAAUAAAGAUACCUGCCACAAAUGCAAGAGAAGGAAGAGCGAUUAGAUGGGAGGAAGCAGAAAGGAAAAUUAAAGAUCAAAAACAAUAUGAAGCUGAAGAACACGCUCAAAUGUUGAAGAAAAAACAGUUAAUGCGUGAGAUCGAGCUUGGUGCUUUGAAUACAAAACGUUAUCGUACAUUAUGGCGGGAAAUGAUGAUGAGAAUCAAAAUGCCACAGAUUACCGAGAACGUAGAGAUUGCAUGGCGUAAUUUUGACCGAGCUCUUGAUAUCAAGGACUACAGGAUAAGCUUUUUAAUGGAUGAGUUAGCCGAGGCCGAAGAACAAUAUCAAAGAAAUGCAAGAUCACAUAUUGAAAUUAUAGAUCGAUUAUUAAAUUCAUAUACAGAGAGAAUAGAAUGCGAAAAACGAAAUUAUCAAAGAAUCUUAAACGAGACGCUUAAACAAAUGAAUGGUGAAAUUAAUAAAAUUUAUCAUGAACAGAAUGAAGCUGAAAUUUUGUUACAAUCAAUUACUCGUAACGUUCAGCUACAGUUGGAAGAUUCGUUGAACAAUACUAAAAGCAUUGCGUUAAGUAAACCGCUAAUUUUGUAUUAUAAUUUUAUAUUAUCAGAACUUUUAUUGUUACAAAUUCUACAUGAUAAUUAUAUAUACGCACGCGCGCGCGCGCGCGCGUGUGUGUAUGUAUGUGUGUAUGUUGAACAAAAAGAUUCCGAGCUUAGCGAGCAACACUCUAUAUACUUAUUCAUUAAGAAUUAUAUUGAAAAAUACAAAUCUUUAUUUUGUUUUACAUUACAUAUUAUA